CUCUUCCAUCCCUCUUCCAUCCCUCCCUCCCUCGCCCCUGCCUUCACCAUGCACAGCCCCCCCUGAACCCAGCAGCACCCCGGGGACCCUCCGUCCCCAGGGUGCCCAGCAGGCCCCCCCCACCCCGUCCUGCCGCCACCCCGCCGGGGCCUUCGGCCUCUGCUCCCUUCCUCCUCCUCCUCCUCCUCCCGCAGCCACCACCCUCCCUCCAUCCCCAGGGCCUGGCUGGCAUGGAGGUACUGGCCGCAGGGAGCAGGAUGCUUCCCGCAGCUCCUGCCUCCUCCCUGGGCUGCAUCCCUCUUGCCCGGCAUCCCUCAUCCCUGACAAAGCCCUGAGCAGCUCAGCAGCCGCCUCCUUUGUGCACCAGAGCGGGUGUGCGUGUUCCAUCGUCAUCCCACCCCCCCCCCCCCACCACCACCACCACCCCCCCCAAUCCCCAAACCCCACAGCCCCCCCCCCCCAGUUCGCUCCGGUUUCGACGGGGACGGCGGCAGCCGGCGGGGGAAGCGGGAAGAGAUGCUGCCCUCGCCGAAAAAGCCAAGCGCGGGAGGUCGGAGGCGAGAAGCAGCGCCUGGCACCAGCCGAUGCUGACAUACCCCCCCAGAAGUGCCGGACCCCCCAGCUUCCAUCCCAGGGCUCUCAUCCCGCCAUGCCCCAGCGAAGCCACGACCCCACCGCCCGGGGCUCCCCAACCCACCCCACGUGCCACCGGUCCAUCCACCCCGCGCCAUGAGCGGGGCCGUGCGGUUCCCCUGCGUCGGGGCGCGUAGCUGAGGGAUGGCCUCGCUGGACCUGCCCUACCGGUGUCCGCGGUGCGGGGAGCACAAGCGCUUCCGCAGCCUCUCCUCGCUGCGGGCGCACCUGGAGUACAACCACACUUAUGAGACCCUCUACGUCCUCUCCAAGACCAACAGCAUCUGCGAUGCCGCCGUCUUCCCCCUGGCCGCCGACGGGGCUCUGCUGACGCCGGCCGCCCGGCGGGACUACUUUGAGAGCACCUCCUUCCAAGGCAAGGACCAGCGCUUCUCCUGCGACCUCGUCCCCGCCGAGGAGCUGGAGCCGGCCCCGUCCUCCUCCCCCUCGCCCCGCUAUGUCCACGAGAUCGAGAUCCCGCUGACGGAGAUCUUCACCCGGGGAAAAGCCGUGGCGCCGGCCCCCGCGCCGCCGGCCGCUAUGGACGCUGCCUACGAGGAAGGCUUGGCCCGCCUGAAGAUCCGUGCCUUUGAGAAGCUGGAAGUGGACAAGCGGCUGGAGAAGCUGACGGAGGAGGUGGAGCAGAAGAUCGCCUCGCAGGUGGGCCGGCUCCAGGUGGAGCUGGACCGUAAGAGCUCGGAGCUGGAGAAAGCCAAGCAGGAGAGCCUGCGGCUCAGCCGGGAGAAGCAGGAGCUGGAGGACCGGGCAUCCGAACUGUCCCGCCAGGUAGACGUCAGCGUGGAGAUGCUGGCCUCCCUCAAGCAGGACCUGGUGCAGAAGGAGCAGGAACUCACCCGCAAGCAACAGGAGGUGCUGCAGAUCGACCAGUUCCUGAAGGAGACGGCCGCCCGCGAGGCCAACGCCAAGGUCCGCCUUCAGCACUUCAUCGAGGAGCUGCUGGACCGGGCGGACCGGGCCGAGAAGCAGCUCCAGAUCAUCAGCAGCAGCUGCGGCACCACUCCAAAUGGCAGCCUGGGACGCUGUGGCACGCCGGGGGCCAAGGCCGCCGGCCGACCGGUACCUCCGCGGGCACAGGCACGGGCACCCCAGCGGCUUCGGGCAUGCACCCAUGUGGCUUCACUGACGGCUAGAGACCGGCACCCGGGGCCGGGGGUGGCCGUGCAUGGUCCUUACGGCGUGUCCAACCAGCGCUCCUCCUCCAGCACCGGGGCCUCAAGCCGUGCGAAAGCCGUGUCGCAGAGCUCGGGCUGCUACGACAGCGACAGCGCAGAGCCGUGUCCCACCGAUGACACCGCCGACGGGCAUCCCUACCCGGCACGGGACGGCGCCCGGGGCUCGGGGCUGCGCCGGCAAGCCAUCCAAAAUUGGCACCGCCGGCCCUACCGCAACAGCACCGAGGGCGAGGAGGGAGACGUCUCCGACGUGGGCUCCCGCACCACCGAGUCGGAGGCCGAAGGCUGGGAGCCGGACGCACCCGGAUCCGCCGCAUCCCGACCCACCGGCAGCUGCCGGCUGACGGUGGCAACCGAUGGCCGGUGUCCCACAGCCAGGACCGAGGGGGCCGGCGUCAAGGUGGGACGGCUGGAGAGGGGCAGCCCGGGCCACUCCAGCGAGGUGAUCAGCCCCGAGAUCCUCAAGAUGCGGGCGGCUCUUUUCUGCAUCUUCACCUACCUGGACACCAAGACCCUGCUGCGGGCGGCCGAGGUGUGCAAGGACUGGAAGUUCGUGGCCCGGCACCCGGCCGUGUGGACGCGGGUGCUGCUGGAGAACGCCAGGGUGUCCUCCAAGUUCCUGGCCAUGCUGUCUCAGUGGUGCACCCAGAUGCACUCCCUCACCCUCCAAAACCUCAAGCCGCGCCAGCGAGGGAAGAAGGAGAGCAAGGAGGACUACAUGAAGAGCACACGGGGCUGCCUGGAAGCCGGGCUGGAGUCCCUAUUGAAGGCGACGGGCAGCAACCUGCUCAUCCUCCGCAUCUCACACUGCCCCAACGUGCUGACGGACCGCUCGCUUUGGCUGGCCAGCUGCUACUGCCGGGCUCUGCAGGCUGUCACGUACCGGAGCUCUACGGACCCCGUGGGUCAUGAAGUCAUCUGGGCCCUUGGAGCGGGUUGCAGGGACAUCAUCUCCCUCCAGGUCGCACCUUUGCAUCCGUGCCAGCAGCCGACGCGUUUCAGCAACCGCUGCCUUCAGAUGAUCGGACGGUGCUGGCCGCACUUGCGGGCACUGGGCAUUGGAGGGGCAGGCUGCGGCGUCCAGGGACUGGCGUCCUUAGCCCGAAACUGCAUGCGGCUUCAGGUCCUGGAGCUGGACCACGUGGCAGAGAUCAACCAGGAGGUCGCGGCGGAGAUGUGUCGAGAGGGGCUGAAGGGGUUGGAGAUGCUAGUGCUGACCUCCACGCCAGUCACCCCCAAAGCCCUGCUGCACUUCAACAGUGUGUGUCGGAACCUGAAGUCCAUCGUCGUGCAGGUGGGCAUUGUGGACUACUUCAAAGAGCCCCACAGCCCUGAAGCCAAGAAGAUGUUUGAAGAAAUGGUGAACAAACUCCAGGCCCUGAGGAAGAGACCUGGCUUUUCCAAGAUUUUACACAUCAAAGUGGAAGGAGGCUGUUAGACCUUCAGGGAACCACAAAGCACAUUCCCUCCUCUGCCCGGCGGAGCCAGGGGCCCCGUGAAACCAAACCUACCAUCCGCCGCUCAUCCGUUGCCGGACCUGGAGCACGGAGAUGCCGGCCCAUGCACAAAAAACCCAAACUUUUGCAGGCCUUAGUGACUGGCGGCCGGCGCUCAUCCCCGGGGCCAGCUCACGGGCGAGAAGGUGCUACUUAAGGAAAUUUUUUGGCUGCCCAAAGAGGCAGGGCUACGCUCUUUCCCGGGAGGGAAGAUGGCUUCGAAACACCCACGGCUGCUCGUUGCCAAGGAUCCUUGUUUGGGGAAUGUCUUUUUCUUCAAACUCUCUUUCUGGGGGGUUUUUUGCCUGUUUGAUGGUGUGGGAGAUGAGGAUGGCUCAGCCCAUCCCUGUGGGCUCUUUGCAGAGCGCUGGGCUCGGCGUCAUGGCUGGACCAUCCCCGUCCUCUCCAUGGACUGGUGAAGGUGGGGUGGGAAGGGGUCGUUCCUCCAGAGAAAAUGGUGCCCAGCAUUCCUACAGGGUUUCCGCUUGUUUUCAUUUCAUUUGUUUAACAGAGGGGCACCCAAACCUGGGCAAAUACUGCCCAGAAACCAGCAGCCACGACAGCACAAGCCCAGACGGCAGAGCUGCAUCUCGGGGGCUGUAGGAGCCAGAGGACACCAGGAGAGAUGGUCGCUCUUCCAGAGGUUUCCAGCCUCACCUCCUCUCCACCCAAACCUUCCUGCCAAGGCAAUAAACCAUCUCCACAAUCCUCGUCCACCAGGAAACACGGGUCAUACUUCUGUCCCCACCAACAUCCACCACCUGCUCAGGCUUCCUCCGGAGCAAGUUGUCCCAUGCGGAAAGAGGGACUGGCAUGGGACGCCCACAUUUGCCAUCUCAUCACCUUCCCGAGCAGCCUGGAGGAGAAACCCUGGCCAAAUUGUCCUGAAAUCCAAAGCUGCUGGUGAAAGCACCAACCCAACCGCCCUGGUAGAUCUCUUAUCUAUGGCCACGGCUGUUUUCUUAAUCCUGCUUUUUUUCUUCUGGCUGUCUUCUGCCUGCAAGGACAACAUCGCCCCCAAAAUACCCUUCUUUUUUUCCAAAGGAAAAGGCUUUUGAAAGGCAUCCGGCAGGGUCAGGCAUCUCCAUCUUCCACCCUGGGGAGAAGGUGCCAGGAGGUGCCCACGCCACGGGGGACACCCAUCACAGCACUGCCAGCAGCAGGGACACACCGGCCUUAACCACAGCCCCCUGCCACCCCGAGCCCCGACCAGGCGUGCUUGGACCCAACAUGCUGAGCUGAGAGGAGCCGACUGAGAAAAGGAGAUUUUGGGGGGGUUUGUCCUCUUCUCUGGACCAUCGUUGGAGGUUUCGGUGCCUGUUGGCCAGCAUGGCUGCGAGGAGACGGCCCUUCCCAGGGUACCUUCCCUUCCUCCAGCCCUCCCGGCGUGAUGGGCUGCCCUGGAGCAUCCCCCCCAGGAGGGAGAAGGCUGCAGACCCAUCCUGGUACCACCUUCCUCAUCUACGGCACGAGAGCUGCAGACCUCAGCCGGGCCCUCCCGGCAUGCCGACAACCCAUGGGGACCCCGACAGAAAAUCAAAUCGAUUCCAGAUCGCUGAAGCUGCUGGUGGGCUGGAGGCAGCUCCUGGGUCUCCAACCCCAGAAAGCACCUCAGGAGACCAUUUCAUCCACCCUUCGUCCCAUCUACGCUGUCACCUCUGAAACAGGGUAGGGUUUUUUUGGCCAUAACCCCCCGUCUGAAGCACCUCCGUUCCCCCACUGACUGCAGCUUUCCAGGAGAAGGCUGUUCCCUGUAUGCACAAAAUGUGGGACCCCAAAAAAACGCCUGCGAGAAACUACCGCGUCCCACCAUGACCCCAUGGGCAGCGUUGGACGAACUCCCCGGCACAGGGAAGGAGCUCCCCGCCGUGCCCGCCGUGGGUUUACCUCCACCCCGGGGAGGCUGGGACACACAUAAAUCCAGGGGCAAGAGGAGCAAGGGAUGCCCCGACCAGCAAAAAAUACCACCCAGCAAAGCUACAACCCCCCGGGGACCACCCGGUGUCCAUCCCACAAGCGUGGUCCCAGCGGAGAUGUCACCAUUCGAAACGGCGCAGAGACUUGCGAAAUUCCCUUAAAAAAAAAAAAAAAAACAACAACAAAGUAAGUAUUUAUUUCUAUAAAGAAAAGAAGGAGAAAAAAAAAAAGAUUUUAAAGGAAAAUUAUAUACUCAGCAUGUUUAUACACUCUAUGCUUAAAGACUAUCGUGUUGGAGAGUUGUGUCCGAAGACUGAAGGUGGCUGCUCCGGGUUUGCUGCUAGCCCGUGUCCAGCCCCUCGCCCGGCUCCUCCGGGCCGUGGGGAAAGUGAGGACGGGGUGAUGGAAAGCAGGGGGAGGUGUUGAGGACUUUUGGAGAAACCUUCUGUGCUCGCCAGCGAGGCCGGAGCGGCUGCCGGUGCCAUCGGUGGCCGUGUCUGCCGGUGGCCGUGGGUGUGCGGCGUCCCUGUCCCCCCCGCUGCCGCGAGGGUUUUGUAAGUCACGGCAGGACAACCUCACCCGAAUUUGGUGCUUCGGUGCGUCACCCAGACCAGACCAAACCAUCCGCCUCCCCUUGGGGCGUUCCCAAAAAGUCCAACUUCUGGCUUAGCAGAGCCACGUUUUUACAAAAAAAUCCUGCGAUGACACAAGACCUUGAGCGGGUUCAAGGAUUAGAAGAUGGAAAGUGGGGUUUUUUUUCCCAUUUUGCCUGGGCUCGGAUGCAUCCCUUCCUCCUCCUCCUCCUCCUCGGCUGGGGAUGAAGGUGGCUGGCACAGUGAGACAGGCUUGGUGGUAAUGAGAGCCCUGCGUCUCCCUGGCCCUCCCGGUGGCUCCUAAUUGCCCAGGUUGUUAACAGCAACGAGCUCAUUAACGGCUGCGUAUUUCUUCCACUGAAAUGUCAUAUUGAUGGUUUCCCUGCUGCUUUUCCUCCUCAUCCUGUCAGCAUGCGGCCCCGUUGGCUCCCCCACAAACCCCCAUCCCUACGGGAUGCUCGAGCGAUGCUGCCCGUGGCCGUAGGAUUCACCGCAUCGGUCAUGGGGUUUCAACCCCAUUUCCUCUGGAAACGAUGGAGAUGCGCAGAAAUACCAAAUCCCCUGGGAACGCCUUGAAAUCACGCAGCGUAUUUGGGUGCUGGUAGGGAAGGGACUGCCGCAGCGUGAGCUCAACCCCAUACUAGACCCUAGAGAAGCCCCAGGGGGGCUCCGCGAUGACAAUCCUCAGCAAAAGCCAGGGCACAGCCACCCAUCCCGGGGCAAGCAGCUUUCCCUCAGGGUCAUGGUGAUGGCCAAAUCUGGCAGGGGUUGGAUGGACGGUGCUGCCGGUUCCUGCCAGACCCGGUUCCCGCGGGACCAGUUUUGGGGAGAUUUAUUCCUUUGCCAGCGAGUUUGCCCAAAGUUUUCCCAUGCUCGCGGCAUUCCUCUUCGCUUGAAUUUGGGUGCCAGUCAGGGAUCUCAAGGGGAACACCACCAGCAAAGCCAGCUCGGGGGGCCAAAUUUAUCCCAAAUCCAUGUUUUUCUGUCUCCUUCGUGUGUUGGAUUUUGCUUGUCAUCCAUCGCUCCGAGCCCCCAGGAGCUGGGGAUGCUCCCGGGACCGGCUGCCUCCUCCUGCCUUCAUCCCUGCACCCCCAGCUUGGGGGGGGCCCAGGGGUGUAAGGUCUUGAGGAAAAUGGGAACCCCCAGGUUGGCUCUGUCCAAGGAGGUUUUUAAACCUCUUUAUCAAGCAAAGAAGGCAAGAAAAAAAAUAUCCCACCUCUUGCCGUGUGUCACGGCCCCAGCUGCCACCCAAGGCACAGCCACAGCCGAGUCUCGGACAGUUUGUUUGGAUCCUCCAAAGGACUCCGAAUUUGGUUAAAACAGAACAAAAAAAACCAUGAAAAGUGUUGAUAAAGGCUCUUAAAGCGGUCGAACAUCAUUUGCUCUCAGCUCUUGGAGGAGCCCACCCCAGGAGCUGGCGCAUCCCUUCAGCCUCUCGUUUUGGGUUGAAAACUUGCAGGUUCGGGUGGAGCGAAAGCAUUUGGGAAUCGGUGCCAAAUGACAAAAUGCUUUAAAAAAAAAACCAAACAGGUAGCAGGGAGAUUUUAGCAACCAGAGAUAGUUUGUUGUGACCGAAGCAUCGCAGGAUGUUGUUGCAAGGUGAGCGGCGGCGAUGCACGACCUUCCUCCAUCAGUGGGAGGCAAAUUAAUCCCCAUGGCGGGCGAAAAGGUCCCUCCUGCCCUGAGAAAAAGCUGCUGCACAUCCUUCCCUGGUGCGCAGCAGCAAGGAGAGGAGGGAAAACUGCCCGAAAACAGGAAAAAUGGGAUUUUCUGAUCCAGCCUCAGGAUUAAGUCCCAUGGAGGGGAGGGGGGAGAUGAGGCAGGCUGGGGCCGGGGACAAGCGAGUGCAAUGGUGCGGGCGGGCAGGAUGGCUUUUGGGAAGCGAGCGUGGUAACGCACAUUUGCUUAGAGAUAAUCAGAGGACGCGCUCCCCGCAGGGAGAGAAAUAUAGAUUAUAUAUAUACAGGAAUUACAAUCGUUUCCCUAAAGCACUUCACGGCGGCGUUUGCUCCGGCGCAAGCUCAGCCCCCGUGAGCGAUUUCCGAGGGGCCCUGUACAGCGACCUCCCCCCUCCUGAAAGGUAGCGAGUUUGCCUCCUAAGUUAUUUUUUUAAAUCUAUAUAAAUUUAGGUCUAUUUUAGUCUUUUGCAGCGAUGUGCGAGUGUCUGGAGAACCAAACAUCCCUUUCCCCCCACUCCGGCCCUGCGGUCCCUUGAUGCUAAACCAGGUCCUCGAUGCUAAAUCUGCCGGAGGAUGCUGCCCUGGAGGAGGGGGGAGCAGCAGGGAUUGGGGUACAGCAAAGGUUGGGGUGCAGCCGGAGAUGGGGAGGGAUUGGGGUGGGGGGUCCGGGUGGUUUUGUCGGCAGCAGGGUCCAAUGGCGGCCAGGGAGAGCGGGCAAGGCAGCGGCUGCUGCCCGUCGGCCGCGGGAGACCGUGUUUUUAGCACUUUGGUUGGUACUAUCACCUGUAGACGCACUUUGAUGUUGUUGCUUUGAAACUUUGCCGAGUGUAAACAAUGUGUAUUUAAAGAAUUACAAAAAGAAAAAAAAAAAAAGUGUGUAAAGAGCUAUUUUAUGAUUCAGUGUUGAAUAAAGACUCUUGAGAUUGA